CCCCAAAACCCUACAAACACGCCGCAGCCACCGCCACCGCCACCGCUUCCCCGUCCGAGCCGUCGAUCUCCGGCUACCCUCUACCCCCACACCCAUCUCCGGCCAUGGCAGAACCCGAGGCACCCGCCGCCGCCGCCACAGCCAUGGAAACCGAGGCCACGGAGGCGAACCCUAGUCUGAAGAGGGAGCGGGAGGAGGGGGACGACUCCACCGCCGCCGCCGCCGCGACCGAGGCGGCGGAGGAAGCGCCUGCCAAGAAGGCCAAGGUGGAGGAAGAUGCCAAGGAGGCGGAGGAUGCCGCGGUGAAGGGGGAGGAAGGGAAGCCCGUGAAGUUGGGGCCCAAGGAGUUCGCCUCGGCCGUCGACAUGUUCGACUAUUUCUUCGCGCUUCUCCACUCGUGGUCGACGCAGCUUGAUUUCAACAAGUAUGAGCAAAUGGUGUUGGAGGACCUUGUGAAGAAAGGCCAUGCUGAGCCCGAGAAGAAGAUUGGAGGAGGCAUUGAAGCCUUUGAGAUCCGCAACCACCCGGUGUGGCAGAGCCGUUGUUUCUUCAUUCGCAGGGUUGAUGGCUCUGCUGACGAUUUCAGCUUCCGCAAGUGCGUCGACAACAUACUUCCUCUCCCUGAGGACCUGAAGAUUGGCAAGAAGUCAAAUGGCAAUAAGGGUGGUGGUGGUGGCCACUACAGGGGCGGUGGUGGAAGAGGAGGAGGAGGCCGAGGUGGUGGUGGUGGCCGAGGUGGAGGCGGCUACCGCGGCGGUCGUGGCCGGGGUAGGCGUGGCAACUAGGAGGAACACAAUAAUAAGCCCCACAAUUUUGCCUGUCCAAUGCCAAUCGUUGCAAUUGAGUCAGGUUGUUGCAAUUGAGGCAUUUAUCAUGACCUAUGCGUGUUUGUUCCCCUGUCCUAGAGACCUAUGCUCCACUUAUGUACUGUGUGCAACUGAUAUAUGAUCCUUGGAUGCUUUGCCA